UGUCAAUCAAUCCAAACAAAAUUAUAAAUCAGUAUAUAUAAUAUCCCAUAAAGAUACCAUAAAUAACAAAUCACGUAAUUAUCUCUGUAAUCCAAUCAUAAAAAAUAUAUUUUUUUGUAACGUAAAAAUGUGUUCUCGACCUAAUACGUUCCCUAUAAAUGAUUAUAACCUAACACUCUAUGUUCCAUAAACAAUCACAUCUAUACAAAUCAAACGAUAUGGCUGCUACUUUUGCUUUUUUGAAAGAUGUUCGACCCUUCAAAACCGCAUGGAAGGUUCAAGUUAAGGUCAUACAUUCAUGGCGUCAAAACACCGAAAACACUGUUGAAACGCUAGAGUUGGUUUUGUCAGAUUCAAUGGUAAGAUUAAAUACUAAUGCAUCUUUUGUCCUUCAUUCUUAUGUUUACGAGAUACAAUACUUUACUAUUACUAAUCCAUCUUUUGUAUUGUUUCAGAGUAAACAGAUUCAUGCUCCAGUGCUGAAUCUUUCAAAAGUGAUAGACGAGUCCAACCAAACAGACAGUCACUCUGAAUUCGGAACAUCUUCCUGCUCCAGUGGAAUUAAUGCGGAAAUCGAGUUUAAUUUGGGUCGGGGGAGGGCAAAAAACACGAUGGCGGUGAAUCUGACGGCGGAAGCGAUAGCGAAGAUGUUGAAUGGAGAAGUGGCAAGUGAGAAUGAUAUGACGCCAGUGCUGCAAGUUACAGAGUUGAAGAUGAUUCAGAGCAAGCUUAAUCAGAAUCAUGAAUCAAGCAAUCGAUACAAGAUUACUUUAUCCGAUGGGAUCCUCUCGCAACAAGGCAUGCUUAAUGCUUCAUUGAACAGUCUCGUUGUACAAGGCAGUAUUCAAUUGGGUUCGAUUUUGAAACUCACUCGGUUCGUCUGUAAUCGAGUCCAGACUCGAAGGAUCGUUGUUGUUGCGGAUGUGGAGAUUCUUGUUGAGAAAUGCGAUAUUAUUGGAACUUGUGUACAAUCUGGGUCGCCUAAUGAACCUGGCCGAAGCUCAGUGUUUGAUCAACAACGUUCUGGAAUGGGAUCUGUAAUCACACAACAAAGCAAUGGUUGUGGUUUUGAGCAGCAACAAGCUAAAAGGACUGAUUUGAAUGGUGGGAGAUAUGGUGCAUCUGCUUAUUCACCUCAGCCUCAAGUUGUUCAUAACAGUCCUGACGCUGUGAGAUAUAGUGUAUCUGCUAAUUUACCUCAGCCUCAAGUUGUUCAUAAUAGUUCUGAAGUUGGGAGAUAUGGUUUACCGGCUAAUUCACCUCAGCCUCAAGUUGCUCAUAACAGUUCUGACGCUGGGAGAUAUGGUGGUGCUAAUUUAGCUCAGCCUCAAGUUGGUUAUAACAGUUCUGACGCUGGGAGAUAUGGUGUACCGGCUAGUUCACCUCAGCGUCAAGUUGGUCAAAGAUAUGGUACUGGUUCUGGUUAUUCAGAAACAUCACCUUCCACUAGGCCAUAUGGGAGCUCAAAUGCAGGUUAUGGAGGCUCUAGGUUAGAGCAACCUCGGGCACCUCCUGCAACAACCGCUUAUUCCCGUCCAGUUCAAUCGAGUUACCAGCCACAACCACCACCGAUGUAUGUUAACAGGGGACCUGUGGCUAGGAACGAAGCUCCCCCGAGGAUAACUCCGAUUUCUGCUCUUAAUCCUUACCAGGGUCGGUGGACCAUCAAGGUCAGGGUCACGUGUAAGGGAGUGCUGAGGCGUUUUAGUAAUACGCGUGGGGAAGGGAAAUUAUUCAGUUUUGAUCUCCUUGACUCUGGUGGUGGGGAAAUACGGGUGACUUGUUUCAACGAUGUGGUUGAUCAGUUCUUUGACCAGAUUGUAGUUGGUAAUGUGUAUCUGAUUUCAAGGGGAAGUUUGAAACCUGCUCAGAAGAACUUCAAUCAUCUUCACAAUGAUUAUGAAAUACAUUUAGACUCUGCAUCAACGAUACAGCAAUGCUAUGAAGAUGAUCCUACCAUUCCACGCCAUCAGUUCCAUUUUCGUAACGUUGGUGAUAUUGAAAACAUGGAGAGCAACAGCAUAACUGAUCUUAUUGGUAUCGUUUCGUCUAUCAGUCCGUCAGUAUCCAUUAUGCGGAAAAAUCAAACUGAGGUACUUAAAAGGUCACUUCAGUUAAAGGAUAUGUCAGGCCGAAGUGUCGAGUUUACCAUGUGGGGUGAUUUCUGCAAUGCGGAAGGACAGAAGUUACAAAUGCUUUGUGAUUCUGGGGCAUCCCCGGUUCUUGCUGUGAAGGCAGGCAGGAUCAGUGAAUUCAACGGGAAGCAAGUGAGCACCAUUGGAUCAAGUCAGUUGUUCAUAGAGCCAGAUUUCCCUGAAGCCAGAGAAUUAAGAGAAUGGUAUGAUAGAGAAGGAAGAAACGCUCAUUUUACCUCCAUAUCAAGAGAGUUCACCGGUGCUGGCAGACAAGAAGUUCGCAAGGUAAUUACUCAGAUCAAGGACGACAAGCUAGGGACCUCAGAGAAGCCAGACUGGAUCACAGUCUGUGCCACCAUUUCAUUCAUGAAGGUUGAAAAUUUCUGCUACACGGCUUGUCCUAACAUGAAUGGAGAUCGUCCGUGUAGCAAAAAAGUAACAAAUAAUGGAGAUGGGACAUGGCGUUGUGAGAAGUGUGACAAAUCUGUGGAAGAAUGUGACUACAGGUAUAUAUUGCAGAUCCAGUUACAGGACCAUACUGGUCUAACCUGGGCCACAGCAUUCCAGGAAGCUGGUGAGGAGAUAAUCGGAAUAUCUGCGAAAGAUUUGUAUUAUAUCAAGUAUGAACAUCAGGAGGAGGAGAAAUUCGAAGACAUCAUCCGCAGUGUUACUUUCUCCAAGUACAUUUUCAAGUUGAAGAUUAAAGAAGAAACUUAUAGCGACGAGCAACGGGUUAAAGCAACUGUUGUGAAAGCUGAAAAGAUUAACUAUUCUUCAGAUACUAGGUUCAUGCUAGAGGCAAUGGAUAAACUCAGGACAGGAGAUGCAAAUUCUCUCCCUGUAAAGCUAGAGAGUUCCAACUACAGGUCUGAUGCAUUGAACUCCGGUAUUGGAACCUCGGGAACUAGAGAUACCGCAUCAGUGGACGCACGUAGAGAAUUUGGAUUACCUGCAGCAAACCAAGUGGGUCAAUAUGGAAAUCAGUAUGCAGGGCCUAUCAGCGGUAUUACUAGCUGUAACGCUUGUGGUAGCAAUGGUCAUGUUUCUGCAAACUGCCCAAGUCUUAUGAGCGAGCCACAAGGACAAUACACACAAGGAAGAUACACAGGAGGUGGCACGCCAAGGCAACAUGUUGGCGGCUAUUGAAAACCUCUAGUGACUAUUUCACAUCAUGGUCAUCAUCAUCUAGAUACAAAGGUACUAAGGUCAGAGGCUGUUUUGACCGGUUAAGUUUACUCAUCUACAUUAGAUGUUUGAGUUCCGCUUUGUGGGUCUUAUUAGUCUAUUUGUUUUUUCUCUGUUUGCCAAUUGAACACUUGAAGAUGUUGGUGCUAAUGGGUCUUUUGUGUUUUUGUUUUCUUUGUAUAAAUCUCUUUAAUAUUUUAGAUAUGGUAACGUUUCUGUCAUCAAUAUCAGAUUCAAAUAAAGUCGAUAAGUUUUUGUAA